CUCCGCGCUGCGCCCGGGCACACACGCGCGCCCUGACCGCGGACGGCUCCCGGCCACGCAGAGCCGCCCCACUCCCUGCCCUCGCGCAACUGUCAGGCGAAACGGGCUGGCGCAUAUUGGCUCGGCGACACGCCGAGGCUCCUCCCCGAGUCUGGAUCUUUAUAUUUUGGGAGAAUUUCUUUGAACUCAGCGAGCGCGGUGAAGGAGGCAAGUUCCCACCGCCAGCUGCACGGACGGAGGGCGCGUGCCGGCGAGGGCUGCCCCACCUUCCCGCGGACGUCGCGCGCUCGAUCGGCCCCUCUCUCCUCCCGCGGAGGAGAACUGACUUGGCUGAGAGCGAUGCCAGUAAUCUGUCUGUGACCGUGAAAAGAGAACGCGUUACUGCAGGAGGCAGAAGAGGAUGAAGAAAAGCAUUAUUUGGCGAGAAUAAACCAGCUACUCCAACCCGUUCUACAAAUUGGUGCUAUUACUUCUGGGUUCAUUUGCUUUUAUUCCCCCGAACCCCCUGUUACGAAAUCUUGACUUGAAGGCCAAGAGACAACCCCCCUACAACGGGGGAGUGGAGGGGGGCGCUUCUGGGUUGGCAGACCUUUUGGAUGUAGCGUUGGCGAGACAUUUAGACGCUCUCCUCUGCAAAGCCACCAUGAAUUCAGUAGCUGGGAAUAAAGAGAGGCUUGCGGUCUCCACCAGGGGCAAGAAAUACGGGGUGAACGAAGGCUGCUCUCCCACCAACCCCGCGGCGCCCUUCUCCCCGGAAAGCUGGUAUCGGAAAGCCUAUGAGGAGUCGCGCGCGGGGAGCCGGCCCACCCCCGAGGGCGCGGGCUCGGCGCUCGGCUCGUCGGGGACCCCGUCCCCCGGCUCGGGCACCUCGUCCCCGAGCUCCUUCACCGGCUCCCCGGGGCCCGCGUCCCCGGGCAUCGGCACCAGCUCGCCGGGCUCCCUGGGCGGCUCGCCGGGCUUCGGCACGGGCUCCCCGGGCUCCGGGAGCGGCGGCGGCUCCUCCCCCGGCUCGGACCGCGGCGUCUGGUGCGAGAACUGCAACGCCCGCCUGGUGGAGCUGAAGAGGCAGGCGCUCAAGCUGCUCCUCCCGGGGCCUUUUCCCGGCAAGGAUCCUGCUUUCUCAGCUGUGAUUCACGAGAAACUCCAGGUCCCCAAUACCAUCCGAAAGGCGUGGAAUGACAGAGAUAACCGCUGUGACAUUUGUGCCACACACCUGAACCAGCUGAAGCAGGAAGCCAUCCAGAUGGUGCUGACGCUGGAGCAGGCGGCUGGCAGUGAGCACUACGAUGCCUCACCUGGCUCGCCCCCUCUGCUGUCCAGCAUACCUACCCUGGUGGGGUCGCGGCACGUGGGCAGUGGGCCCCAGCAGCCCAGGGAUUGGGCCUUUGUGCCUGCUGCCUAUGCCACCUCCAACUACAUAGGACUUGUCAACAAGCACAGCAGUAAACCCAGCAGCCUUGGGGUCAGCAAUGGGGCAGAAAAGAAGAGUGGGUCCCCAACCCACCAGGCCAAGGUCAGCCUCCAGAUGGCCACCAGUCCCAGCAAUGGGAACAUCCCCAAUGCAGUGGCCAUUCAGGCUCACCAAUACCUGGAUGGCACCUGGUCUCUUUCAAGAACCAAUGGGGUCACCUUGUACCCCUACCAGAUCUCCCAGCUGAUGACAGAGAGCGCCCGCGAGGGACUGACGGAGGUGGCGCUGAACCGCUACAAUGCAGACAAGCCGGUGGCCUGCAGUGUUCCAGCCUCACAGGGCUCCUGUGUGGCCAGCGAGCCUUCCACGGGGACCUCAGUGGCUGCAUCCUUCUUUGCACGAGCUGCCCAGAAGUUAAAUCUGUCCUCCAAAAAGAAGAAGCAUCGGCCUUCCACUUCUUCUGUUGUGGAGACACCGCUCUUUGCUACUAGCUUCAGUGGGAUUCUGCAGGCCUCCCCACCGCCGGCCCCGCCCUGUCUGCUGAGGGCUGUCAACAAGGUGAAGGACACACCAGGCCUGGGCAAGGUCAAAGUCAUGCUUCGAAUUUGUUCCACUUUGGCUCGUGACACCUCAGAAUCCAGCUCUUUCUUAAAGGUGGACCCACGAAAGAAGCAGAUCACGUUGUAUGAUCCCUUGACAUGUGGAGGGCAAAAUGCCUUUCAGAAACGAAGUAACCAGGUUCCUCCUAAGAUGUUUGCCUUCGAUGCAGUUUUUCCACAAGAUGCAUCUCAGGCUGAAGUGUGUGCUGGGACUGUGGCAGAGGUGAUCCAGUCUGUGGUCAAUGGGGCAGAUGGCUGCGUGUUCUGUUUUGGCCACGCCAAGCUGGGAAAAUCCUAUACAAUGAUCGGGAAGGACGAUUCCAUGCAGAACCUGGGUAUCAUUCCCUGUGCCAUCUCGUGGCUCUUCAAACUGAUCAAUGAACGGAAAGAAAAGACUGGAGCCCGUUUCUCAGUACGGAUCUCAGCUGUAGAGGUGUGGGGGAAAGAAGAGAACCUACGGGACCUGCUAUCAGAGGUGGCCACGGGCAGCUUGCAGGACGGCCAGUCCCCAGGCGUGUACCUCUGUGAAGACCCUAUCUGUGGCACACAGCUACAGAACCAGAGUGAGCUGCGGGCCCCCACUGCAGAGAAGGCAGCCUUUUUCCUGGAUGCCGCCAUUGCCUCCCGCAGGAGCAACCAGCAUGACUGCGAUGAAGAGGACCACCGCAACUCCCACAUGCUUUUCACACUGCACAUCUACCAGUACCGGAUGGAGAAAAGUGGCAAAGGCGGAAUGUCUGGAGGACGCAGUCGCCUGCAUCUCAUUGAUCUCGGCAGCUGUGUGAAGGCCCUUAGCAAAAAUCGAGAUGGAGGCUCGGGGCUGUGCCUCUCACUGUCUGCUCUGGGCAAUGUCAUCCUGGCCCUCGUCAAUGGCAGCAAACACAUCCCAUACAAAGAAAGCAAACUCACCAUGCUGCUGCGGGAGUCUCUGGGGAACAUGAACUGUCGCACCACCAUGAUCGCUCACAUCUCUGCCGUGGCCGGGAACUACGCAGAAACCCUGUCCACCCUCCAGAUCGCAUCCAGGGUUUUAAGGAUGAAGAAGAAGAAGACGAAGUACACGUCCAGCUCCUCUGGCGGAGAAAGCUCCUGCGAAGAAGGCAGAAUGCGCAGGCCCACUCAGCUGAGGCCCUUCCAUACCAGGGCUGCAGUGGACCCCGACUUCCCCAUCGCUCACCUAUCCAGCGAUCCCGACUACUCCUCCAGCAGCGAGCAGUCCUGUGACACGGUCAUCUACAUCGGGCCCAAUGGCACAGCCCUCUCCGACAAGGAGCUCACCGACAAUGAGGGCCCCCCAGACUUUGUCCCCAUUGUGCCAGCCCUGCAGAAGACCAGGGGUGACAGCCGGCCUGCAGAGGCAGGUGAGGCUGCGGCCAGCAAAUCAGAAAGGGACUGUUUGAAGUGCAACACGUUUGCUGAGCUGCAAGAGAGACUGGACUGCAUUGAUGGCAGCGAGGAGCCCAGUAAGUUCCCUUUUGAAGAGCUGCCCAUCCAGUUUGCAGCAGAACAGGCAAGCAGAGGCCCCCUGAUAAGCCACACAGCUGGGGCACACCUGCUCUCCGAGUCUGACAGGGAAGACAAUGGUUCAGAUGGCCAGCUGACUGACCCAAAUGGCUCAGACCCCCCGGCCUCCAGAGGACAGCAGGAUCGCUCCCCAGUGCCUGCCACAGUCCGCAGCAACAGCCCUGCCCCAGCCUCACCCCGGAGUAUCCCAGGCAGCAGCAGCCAGCACAGCACUUCCCAGCUUGUGCAGAGCCCCAGCCUGCAGAGCAGCCAUGAGAGCCUGAACUCCUGCGGCUUCGUGGAAGGCAAGCCCAGGCCCAUGGGCUCCCCACGGCUUGGCAUCGCUAGCUUGUCCAAGACUUCCGAGUACAAGCCCCCCAGCUCUCCUUCUCAGAGAUGCAAAGUCUAUACCCAGAAAGGGGUCCUGCCAUCCUCUGCCCCACUGCCACCAUUGAGCAAGGACUCUGGCAUGGUGUCCAGUGAGUCCUUGCUGCAGCCUGAGGUUCGCACCCCACCAGUGGGAAUGAGCCCCCAGGUUUUAAAGAAAUCCAUGUCUGUAGGGAGCGAGGGCUUUGCGGAAACCCCUGUGGAGGACGGGCAGCAGACAUCUCCUCCUGCAGACUCCAAGAAAGAGAUCCUGAGCACCACGAUGGUGACUGUGCAGCAGCCGCUGGAGCUGAACGGUGAGGACGAGCUGGUGUUCACGCUGGUGGAGGAGCUGACCAUCAGCGGGGUCCUGGACAACGGCCGCCCCACCAGCAUCAUCAGUUUCAACAGCGACUGCUCUGUGCAGGCCUUGGCCUCGGGCUCUCGGCCCGUCAGCAUCAUCAGCAGCAUCAGCGAAGAUCUGGAGUGCUACUCCAGCAUGGCGCCCGUCUCGGAGGUGAGCAUCACACAGUUCCUGCCUCUCCCGAAGCUAAGCUUGGAGGAGAAGGCCCGGGAGGCGGGCAGCAGACGCUCCUCCAUCAGCUCCUGGCUGAGUGAGAUGAGCACGGGUAGUGAUGGCGAGCAGUCAUGCCACAGUUUCAUAGCCCAAACAUGCUUCGGGCAUGGGGAGGCCAUGGCAGACCCUCCAGCCUCGGAGUUUGUCAGCAGCAUCCAGAACACCACUGUGGUGUGCAGAGAGAAGCCCAAGGCGGGCCCCGAUAACCUGCUCAUCCUGUCCGACGUGGCGGAUGACCCUUUCAACAAGGCCACUCCCAUCAAAGGCUGCAAAAUAUCUACCCUGGGCAAGGCCAUGGUCACAAUCUCCAACACGGCCAAUCUGAGCAGUUGUGAGGGGUACAUCCCCAUGAAGACCAACAUCACGGUGUACCCCUGCAUUGCCAUGAGCCCCCGCAAUGUCCAAGAGCCUGAGACGUCCACUGCCACCCCCAAGACCGCCCCCAAAGCCACACAGUCUCAGGAAAGCAAGGAAGCUGGUGCAAAGAAAGAGAUGAAAUUUGAGGACCCCUGGCUAAAGCGCGAAGAGGAAGUGAAAAAUGAGACUGUGUAUCCCAGUGAAGAAGGGGCUCCCGAUGACACUGCCACGGGCCCCACAAAGCCUGAGGCCAGAGCAGAGGAGGAAGCAGAGAGGAACCCCAGCCCGGGGGACAGGCUCAGCAGCAGCAGUGGGGAGGUGUCUGCCUCUCCCGUGACCGACAACUUCAGGAGGGUGGCAGAUGGCUGUGAGAUGGCACUGCCUGGCCUGGGGGCCCAGAGCCCAGUGCAUUCCAAUAAAAGCCUCAAGUCCAGCAGUCUCCCCAGGGCCUUUCAGAAGGCCAGCAGGCACGAGGAGCCCGACAGCCUCUUCUACCACUGCACAGCUGACUCCAGCGGCUUCGGUGCCCAGCCCUCCAAGGCAACCCUGGAGAGGAAGGUGGCUUCACCCAAGCACUGUGUCCUGGCCCGGCCCAAAGGGACUCCACCCCUGCCCCCCAUCCGUAAGUCCAGCUUGGACCAGAAGAACCGGGCCAGCCCGCAACACAGUGCUGGCACCAGCAGCCCCUUGAGCCAGCCAGCCACUUUCUUGGCCAGCUUCCCUGAUGAAGCAGGCAGCAAGACGAAGGAUGUUAGCAGCAGCAGCAGCAGCAAGCUCUUCAGUGCCAAGCUGGAGCAGCUGGCCAGCAGGACCAACUCGCUUGGCAGGUCAACAGUCAGCCACUAUGAAUGCCUGUCGCUGGAGAGGGCCGAGAGCCUGUCCUCCAUGAGUGCACGGAUGCACGCAGGCAAGGACAGCACCAUGCCCCGCACAGGACGGAGUCUGGGCCGCAGUGCAGGGGUCUCGCCACCCAGCUGCAGUGCCACCCAAUCCGCGGGGGCCUCACCCAAGGCCAGCCAGUCCAAGAUCUCAGCAGUGAGCAAGCUGCUCCUGGCCAGCCCCAAGGCACGCAGCCUGUCCACCUCCACCACCAAGACCCUCAGCUUCUCCACCAAGUCUCUGCCCCAGUCUGUGGGCCAGAGCUCCAACCUGCCACCCAGUGGGAAGCACAUGUCCUGGUCCACCCAGUCCCUCAGCAGAAACCGCAGCUCAGGCCUGGCAUCCAAGCUGCCACUGCGUGCAGUGAACGGGCGCAUUUCAGAGCUGCUGCAGGGCACCACGGGUGUGCAGGGUUCACAGGCUGAGGAGCGUGGGGAGGACCGGCCAGCUGCCACCACGCACCUGCUGCCCUCACCCUACAGCAAGAUCACCCCGCCGAGGCGGCCACACCGCUGCAGCAGUGGCCACGGCAGCGACAACAGCAGCGUACUGAGCGGGGAGCUGCCGCCAGCCAUGGGCAAGACAGCCCUGUUCUACCACAGCGGUGGCAGCAGCGGUUACGAGAGCAUGAUGCGGGACAGUGAGGCCACAGGCAGCGCGUCCUCGGCGCAGGACUCCAUGAGCGAGAACAGCAGCUCAGUGGGCGGGAGGUGCCGGAGCCUCAAAACCCCAAAGAAAAGAUCCAAUUCAGGUUCUCAGAGACGGAGGCUCAUCCCAGCGUUGUCCCUUGACACCUCCUCCCCUGUGCGAAAACCCACUGCCACCACUGGGGUCCGCUGGGUGGACGGCCCCCUGCGCAGCACCCAGAGGGGCCUCGGGGAGCCUUUCGAGAUUAAAGUCUAUGAGAUCGAUGAUGUGGAGCGCCUGCAGCGGCGACGGGGAGGCGGCAGCAAGGAGGUCGUGUGCUUCAAUGCAAAGCUGAAAAUUCUGGAACAUCGGCAGCAAAGAAUCGCGGAGGUCCGAGCCAAGUACGAGUGGCUGAUGAAGGAGCUGGAGGCGACCAAACAGUACUUGAUGCUGGACCCCAACAAGUGGCUCCGUGAAUUUGACCUGGAGCAGGUUUUGGAGCUGGAUUCCCUGGAGUACCUGGAGGCCCUGGAGUGCGUGACAGAGCGCCUGGAGAACCGUGUCAACUUCUGCAAGGCGCAUCUCAUGAUGAUCACCUGCUUUGACAUCACCUCCAGGCGCCGAUAAGGAGAGGGACCCCCGAAAGGCCUCGCCCUCCCAGGGCCUUCUGUGCUGGCAGCACCCAAAGACGGCAGAAUGAGCGUGAAGGUUGGUGGCAAGUCUGCAGUGAGCGGUGAGCGGAAGGCGAUUUUUGCUUUGUGGUCUGUAGGGAAGGUGCAAAUACCAAACACGUGGAAGGAGAAAGUGACAGGAAGUCCAAGGGACACUGAAGCCCCAGGAGACUGAAGAAGCACUUUGAGGAACUUUGAAGAACUUGUUUGUACAUAAGAACUGCUAGCAAAGAGACCUCGCUCUUUUCUUGCUUUGGUGAGAAAGGGGGAGGGUGGACGCAGCACCGCUGACCAUAGCAAAAACAAAACGUGACCACAUGAGAUGACCCUGAAUGACAGAUUAAGUGCCUUGCAAAUCUUUGUGAUUAUCCAAACGUUUGUGUUCAUAAUUUCUGUGUACAGAUGGUGCUAGUCAAGAUGAAAAAUAACAAAACCAACAAAAAAGAGAAAUCCGACACGUUUUUGCAGUGUAUUUACGGCUCCUUUUCUCUCUUGGUGUUUUAUCCUAUUGCUGACUUGCUGUUUCUAAGCAAGCUGUGUUUGUAGAGAUCUUUCCUAAUCAGUAUUGCAUAUGAAUACAUGUCCACUGUCUUUUAUGGUUAUUCUGGUUAAGGCCACUCACACAGAGCCCAGAGACUUCAUCCACUCCAGCCAGCAUGUUUCCAAAGAAGGUUUGGAACAGCGGGUGAUGCUUCACGCCACCUCGAGGGGCAGCAGGAACAGGACACUGACAGCAAAGCAAGCACACCGGAGUUUCACUGGCUGGAUGCGGAGCCUGGUUUGCAUCCUUAUGGGAAAGGCUAUCCUUGGUCACCUGGGCCCCACCUUCUCCUCAGAGGUGGGCUGUUUGCCCUCAACUUGUCCUUUCCCCUCCCACCCCGGGUCUGAUGGUUCUCCUAACAUGUUUGUGCUCCUUUCUAUUCCCUGGACUGAAAGCUUGAGCCAACUCAGCACAGCCAUAUUUCUUUGUGUUUGAGUUUUGCCCAAUCACUGAAGUGGGAGUAGGGGUUGUCCAUUUAGAGACCUCCGUCCCGGACCCGCUCAGUGGCUUUGGUGGUAUUGCUGUAGAACGAGAGGAGGCCUGGGACUGCACAGCAUUUUGUUCAGGAUUCUGCCUAAAAGUAAGAAGUUCAGUUCAACCUGGGCCAAAGGCUCUGUGCUACCCAGGGACAAAGCUGGUUCCUCCUGCCCUGGCUCUCCAUGGCAGAGGCUUCGCUAAGUCCUGUUUUCCUGGGCGGGCAGAGCAGAGGUGAGUGAAUCUGGAUGUCCAGCUCUUGGCUCCUCUUUCUUGAGUUACACCAGCUCCCUCAGGCGUGUGACACUACAUAGGGACAGAAACCCAGAGCCAAAAGAAAGAAAGAAAGAAGGAAAGAAAGAAGGAAAGAAAGAAAGAAAGAAAGAAAGAAAGAAAGAAAAAGAAAAGAAGAAAUACAGGGCCACAGAAGUGAAAAGGAGUCACCUGGUAUCAGCAGUGGGGGAGCAGGGCACUGUGGGAAGACCAGGAGCGCUCCUGUCCCUGUGACAGCCCUCUGCUGGAGCCUCUGCUACCUUCCGGUGACACAGCGCUCUGCGACCCACCCAGAGCACUGCACACCUUUGCCCUCAGACAUGCAGACCUUCCAAGCCUGUUCCAGGACAGGCCCCCCAGGGAAUCCCCCAGGAGAAAGUAUCUUUGCACUUGGUUGUACUUCUGGACGCAGGUAGCCCAGCACCGCUGACCAAACAGACCAGUGGGGUUUAGCAGGACUCAGUCAAUGGGAACGGAAGGAUUGUGAGUGUCAGAGUACUUACUGGUCGUGCUGGCUUCCAGAGUACUGGAAGCCAGCUUCAUGGGUCACAAUCCAGCCUUGCACAGUCUAUAAAGUUCUGCUCCUAAGCAAAAGCAGCCACACAAGAAAUACUCAAAUUGCUCUCAAGUGGACUAAAAUAAGGUGAAGGGCCACUUGGAAUGGAUCAUGUCUGCCUCUCGGCAUGCUAGCAUGUUAGCAAGUGUGUUGCGUUGGGCAGCUCCCCUCAACUCUGAGAAGCAGUCCCAUGGCCCUGAGCCCACCUCUGGCCUCACAGCAUGUGCAUAGAUGGGUUUGCUUUACAGCAAUAUUCUUGGAAGCUUCUGGACCUAAGGAAAUGCCAACCCUUCAAGCUUGAGUUUACCAUUUGGCCUCCCUUUUGAUUGCUGGUUGGGACUGUAGCACUCUAUGAAAGGCCUUAUUUGGGGGUCUUUCAAAGGUGAGUAUGCCGUGGUUUUUGUUAGAAACACAUUCCCUUGAUUAGUAAUCAGUGAGCUUGGCCCUCGCCCCUGCCGCCUUCUCCCUCUGCCCUGAGGUCCUCAUGCUGCAGCAUGGGUGAGACCAAGUGAGCAGCGCGUGGCAACAUCUGAAGAACUCGGAAGCUGCAGACUGGCAGUGCUCCUGGGGGUGUGGCCUGCAGCUUUCUUCCUCCCUAAAUCUGCUUGAAUACAUUUGUGACAACUCUAUGAGACAACAAAAGUCCGACUGACAUGAAGAAUUGCCUUACCAAGUCGGGUUAGCUUCCCAACAGGCCAAUCAAUCCCACAGAAUGCUGCAGGCCAAGCCGUACAACUGUGUGUGGGUGUCAUGUGUCAUGCUUUCUCUUUUCUUUCUUUCUUUCUUUUUUUUUAUGGACCUGAGUUAUCCACAAACACUUUCAUUUACUAAAUAUUGAUAAACCAUGUAAGGGAACCAAGCAUUUUAUGUCAUCACGCAGUUGUUCCUGGCACAAUGAACAGGCUCUCCAAAUGAUAGUCUUUAAACAAAAAGAUGCAGGUGCAACCAGCUAUUCUGGAGGAAGUGAAGAAUGCCUUGUCCUGUCCAGAUGUGGGUGACUCCAGGUCUCCUUUUGGUUUUGGUGAUAACCCCCAAAGGCAGAGGGAGCAUCCAGGAACUCAUUUCUACUCCAUCAUCCGCAAAUGAAAGCACCAUAAAAGUGUUUCUUUGAAAUUAACAUUUAGAUGAGUUAACCUGCCACAUAGACACACACACCACACACACACACACACACACACACACACACACACACACACACACAGCCCCUAUUCCAGCUAAUUUAGUAUGAGGCAGAAGCUUUGGCAGCACAGAUAAACUAUGAUCCAAGAAAGGGAAGUGAGAGAUUGUUUCCCCAGGAGCAAACUCAUAUUGCAUUUCAUAACAGUGCCUCGUGCUGCGAGGGAGCUGUAGUUUGCUUUGUCCCGGGCUUUCAGCCACACCUGAGAGUUGGAACCUUUGAUCUUCUUGUCCUUGAAUUCCCCUCAACGUGGCAGGGAAGCUGUCUCUCACUUUCAUCUCUUCCAGGUUUGAAAUCAGCAAUCCUGCCUGCUGUUUUAGCUCCCAGUGCUAUUGUGAACAUAGGGACCAUGAGAUGCAAAUGUAGAGUGGGCUCCAUGGCGACAGAGGUGGGACUCCAAGCAGGAAAGGGUCUCCUACAGUAGAUGCUGGGAUUAAAAAAAAAAAAAAAGGAGAAAAAAGCCACGCAGCCUAGAGUAGAGUAUUUGGUGGCAGGAAUUUGGCUCGAUGUGUCAUAAAUUACCCUGAAGCUUGAAAUCUGUGUGCAUUAAAGUGGCAGUGACUUGAUGGCCCCCACAUCUACUGUCCAGAGUGGUGGUUCAAAAAGUCUCAUCUAUGCAUCCAAGUCCUGUGCUCGCUGUCAGAAUUUCCAUUCAAGUGAUACACAAGUAAUGCAUUGAUGCCGCUUGGGUGUGUAUCUAAUAUCCUUAUAAAGCAGCCAAGUUUUGGGGCUUCAUAUACUAGUAUACACAUUCUUUCUGGUGAACCCCUACGCCUUCAGCACAGGCAUUUCUAUUUAAUCCCAGCCAUCAGACCGUGCCUCGGGGCAGAAGGCCACACAAGUGAGAGCCCACCACUCAUUCAGCAUGCACAGUCUCUGCCGGGGCUGUUGGCCAGUGGUAAUUUGUCAUCGAGCCUUCCAAAAUCAUGAUGCAUUGAAUGUGUUUAGGUUCCUUAUUCCAUCAGGGAUUUUAGCGUAACAAGAUGACUACAGAUGAGUUCAUUUCAAAGUUGGAAGCAGAGGAUUCUGAAAUUAGUCGUUGUGAAGCUUAUUAGCCCAUUCUGUGUAUAUGAAAACAUUUCCUCGCUUUGGAAGGCAGUAACUCUAAUCUCUGAUGCCAGGCCAGUCAGAAACAGUAUGAAAUCCUGAGGGUUCCAGGUUGUGGGCGGCUGUUGACUAAACUGUCCACUGCCAUUGUCCCUGUGGCCUCUCUGCUGUGACCUAGCUUUCCUCAGUGCAAGGAACAUUGGUGCAGAGAAUAAAGCCCAGCGGGGCCCUCUGUCCUCCAGGCCAUGUGAGACAAAGCUGUGCACCUGGUUUCACCGAUGCUGCCAGGAAAUGAAUCUAAACUAUUUUUUUGCGGGGGGGUCAGGUGGUAGAAAUACAGUAUUCCUCUGGAUUAGUAUCUCUUUCUCCUCCUCUGGAAGGUAUCUGUCACCAUGUGUGGGUAAAAAUUCAUCAAGUAUCACUUUGCAACCUUCCUGACAAAAUAAUAUGCUUGUAAAUUACAAAUUGUUAUUUCCACAAUAAUAAAAGCAGAAUUCCAACUGGGGAAAGCUAGUAAAACCUUAGCUUAUGAUUGCAGAAAAGCAGUUGCUUGAACAUUCCUAAAGCUUAAUUUAGUCAGCCCUAAACAACCACACUCUGCUUUGGGGUGGCCCUGUGCAGAACUGGGUCUCCUGUCAUCAUGCUGGGCACAGAGCUGUCAAGACUCGAUUGCAUCUAAUUAGCAGUCUUUAUAACAGCCAAUCCCAGGUCUAAGUGCAGGGGCCCCAGUCAGACACCAGUGCGCAGACAGAAUUUUAAGUCUCAUGGGAGUUGGAGAUACAGCUCAGCGGCACAGCACCUGCUUGCAAGAAUAAGGUCCUGAGUUUGAUUCCAUGUACCCAGAAAAAAAUAGUUUCAUGCUUUCCCUUCCCACAUUGCUAACAUCCCUCAUUGUCCUAUUCAAUUUAUAAAAUUAUCAUAUAUUUGCAAACUCAGAAUGUUGGUGUAUGUAGCACACUGCCUGGUUUUCCGGCAGUGGUGGUGAACCUAUGCACACGCACUGCAGGGCUGACUCGUGGAACCCUCUAAGAGUGUCACCAUCACUGUUUUAGGGUUUAUUUGCGCAUCUUGCUUGGAAAUGUUCUCCACAUGCGAUGUGUUCAAGGGUGAAGCUUGGUAGAUCUGUCUGUGGCUAUGUAUUUUUCUGGUUUUCUCACUACUAAAGCCUGUUAGCACAGACAUUAGCCAAGGGGCAGGGAGGAUAAAUAAAUCAGUAGAACAGGGAUUAGGGCCCAAGUCUCAAAGUACAGAGUUUAGCGCUAAGUCUCAGCUGUUUCUAUAGUAAGUAGCCAAAGGGGAAAAGUUUUUUCCUUUCCAAUUUGAUGGUAAUGAGCUUGGAAAUCAGCUUCCAUAAGCCUGGGUAGAAGAGGGUCCGGCCUUUUCCUCCUGGUUCAGCAGUGAGUAUCCGAGAAAGUGCUGACAGUAUUACUACACUCCUGCAUUUCUUUAAGCUCCUGACCCUACCCCUGUGCAGCAGACAUGGGCUGGGCAGGAAGCUGGAAAUUCUUACCUUGGAUAUACACCAUAGCUAUUUUGUUUCUUUCUCUCUUUUUUUCCUGGCAAAACCAAAGCACUCACUUUAGUGAGUCUUACAACCUGUAAUACUUAAGGCGUCGUGUCCCUUCAGUGGAUCCCUGACAGCCAGUUUCAUUUGAGAGGCAGCUAAACCUGGGAGGAAAACCCUUGGGUUAGAAGCGGGGGACUCUGGUGCUAAGUCUGGUUCCAUCACUAGCUAUGCAGCCUUGGAUGAGUGACUUGAUCUUGCUGGGUCUGAGGCUCCCCGGGAAAAGGUUGAGGGGCCAUAAAACUGUCUUUCUGGGAUGGGGUCAAGAGGAAAAAAUGGAGGAACAGAUGUGCUUCGAAGAAAGGAAAGCUCUCUAUAGGAUCUGGGAGAUCAUUUAUAGAUGAAGAAACUAAUGGCGACAGUCAUCAAUUGGCCCAAAUUCAUAGAAUAUAGCAGAACUGGGACUUGAGUCCAGCACACUGGACUCUUCCCAUUAGGAAGAUGGCAUUGUAUUGUGUGUGUACCUGAGUGCACGCAUCACUCCUCUGUACCAUUGUGUGUGUACAUAUGUGGAAGCGUGUGUACAGAAGGUGUAUGACACGGAAGAGCAUGGGAAAGAAAAUCUGAGUUCGAAUUCCAGUUUCUGUAGACCUAUCUAGGGCCUCGGAUAAACGACCAACUACUCUGAACUCAGUUUUCUAAUCUGUAAAAUGAGAACAUUGUGCUAAAUGACCUGUGUGGUUCCUUCAAGCUUUAGCUCUAUGGUUCCAUGAUUAGUAAUGUAUGUAUGUAUAUAUAAAUAUGCUUAUCUGUAGAAAUGGGCCCAUUGGAAAACUGGAGACAAAGCCUGCCCAAGUGCAUUUAUUGUGUUGAAAACAGUGAAUUCACAGACAAGUUCAUAAAACUUUGUUUUUUUAAAAGUCAACAGUAGUAUUGAUAUCAUUGUUUUAAAUUCACUGUUUAACUGAAUAGCAGAUUGAUGCUGUUUUAAAAAUUAAGCUCUUAGCUCAUUAGUGUUUGCUGUUAAAUUUUUAAAAAAUAAAUAAAGUUCCUUUGUCGAGGUUAAAAAUGCAACUAUCCAUUCUUGGGCAGAUUCCAGCAGCCUAUCUGCAGGCUGGGUUUCAUAUGUGGGCCUUUACAUAGCUAUAUAAAAGUAAGCUGUUGGCUUGGUCAUGAUAGUUAUGAGGAGGCUUCCUAGAGAAGAGUCUGGGAAAGAGCAUCAUAUAGUUCUCACAAACUGGUGACCUGCAUUCGUUAAGCUGUGCCUCAUUUCCCAUGUGAAGACAUUGUUUGCUGGCUACGAUCUCUGACUUUUUGUGGCAUAAUGAGGUGUAAAAUGUUGUCAAACAAAGAAUCUGGUGUUUAAGAGAAUCAAAUUAUGGUGGCAUUAAAUGUUCACUUUUAUUCUA